GAUGGUGUGGGUGGGGAGUCGCGUGGUGGCGUGGGCGGCGGUGUGGGCGAGCGUGGGCGUGCGUGGGAGCGUGGCAGCGUGCACCAUGGCGGAAUUCCCAUGCAAAAACAAACAGUGUGUUAGUCUGGACCGGUACUGUGACGGCGUGCAGGACUGUAGCGACGGCAGUGACGAGCCCAACGCCUGUUCACCGUGCAACAGGACAUAUUACGGGCGCGUGGGGUCCACCUACACGCUGGAGGUGAACAAGCCAGAGAAGGGGACACUGCCUCACUUCUGCCAGCUCACGUUCAUAGCCUCUGGGGACGUGUAUGGCGACCUGGUGCAGCUUAGCAUUGACAAGUUCAGUCUGGGAAGGUUUGAGUCGCACACCGCGGCGGGCUGCCCUGACGGCUACAUGCAGAUCGAGGAGCUGAGCAGGCCCCUCAACGCGGGCUACUGGUGCGGGGACUCCUGGGGCCACAACGUGUUUUACUCGGAGACCUCGGCCGUGAGUCUGAUGAUCCGGGUAUUCACCAGGCUAGACGACGGCACCAAGGACGGGCCCGCCGCCUUCUCACCGCAGGACUCCGUCAUGCUACGGCUAUCCUACCGCUUCCUGCAGAAGGAGCGUGCCGUGCUGCGGUACGGCGCGCCAUACAGCCCCAAGUAUCGCGGCGAGGACGUGCCCAACACUUUCUGCGACAGGGUCUUCGAGAACUGCGACAAGAAGAACUGCAAGGUGCAGUCCCCAAACUUCCCCGGCAUGUACCCGCGCAACCUGACCUGCCACUUCCACAUCCGCCAGACGCGCGUGCCGGACGGCAAAGUGGCGCUCAUCCGCGUGCGCCAGCGCAACCCGCAUCUCAUCUACAUCAAGGACCGCAACGCGCCGCACCUGUCGCGCGAACAACAAAUGAAGGUGGGUGCGGCGUGCCACGUACUGCACGACUACCUCGUGGCCUACGACGGCCGCACGACCCGCGCCGCCGUGCUGGCCACGCUGUGCAAGGGCGGCGCGCCCCUCAGCGGCAUCACCUCCAGCGGGCCUGACCUGCUGCUCGUCUUCCACGCCUCGCCUUUCGACUUUCCCUUCCAGGACUCGCCGCGCCGCCGCACCUUCGGCUUCGAGCUGGACGUGGAAGUGGAGUUCGUGGACCGCGCCAGCACGGCCUACGUGCGGCCCGGCGAGCUGUGCUCCCACGAGGUGAGCAGCCGCGGCCAGCGCAGCGGCUACCUGCAGGCGCCGGGCCACUCCCUGCUGCCCAACACCACCUGCUGGUGGCGCCUGCUGGCCGAGCCCUCCGAAGUGGUGUGGCUCUACUUCCUGCACUACCGCCACGUGCACCACCCCGAGAUGCCGCCCCCCGCCCGCUGCUCUAACACCCUCACCAUCACCGACGGCGACCCCGCCACUGCCACCACUGCGCCGCCACACCUGCAGCUCGCCGCGCCGCCAGACAACACCACCCUCGCCCCUACGCUGCUCGGCAGGUUCUGCCGUCCCGACAAACUGCCGCGCGUGUGCUCGGGCGUGCACGCGCCGGGGCCGUACGCUGCGCCCUGCCCGCCAGCCGAGAGUUACGUGUCCUCCUCGCCGGCACUCACGCUCUCCCUCAGGUACGCGGCGGGGACGGCGCCCUCGCACAUCGAGUUCCUGGCGCGGUACGAAUUUGUAGACAAGAGGCAGUGGGGGACGCCCACCCCCGGAGGCGGCCCCUGUGACCGCACCUUCACGCUGCGGCCAGAGGGGCUCUUCGCCUCUCCGCGCGACGUGUUCUUGUUCGGGCGCGGCGGGUCGCGCAAGCUGCGGUGCGUGUACACGUUCGAGGCGGCGCCGCACCAGCGAGUAGCGCUGCGCAUUAUCCGGUCUCGCAUGGGCGCGGCGUGCAGUACGGAGUACCGUCACGCCUCACUGCGAUACGAGUGCUCGCACGGCGGCGCGGCAGGGCAGCCUGCCAUCUGGGUACGGGAGAGGCCGUGGCAGGACGUGGCCAUGACGCGCGCCUGCCUGUGCGCCACGCCGCGGGAUCGCCCCUUCUCACUACUGAGCUACACGCCGCGUCUGCAGCUGGUGUUCAGCGUGCCCGCCAUGACGGCGCACCACGACUACACACACUUCUUCUUCGAGGGCGAGUACUCCAUUGUGGACACCGCGCCGCAGGACGCCGCCUGCGACGCCACGGCGCGCCGCCUCUCGGGCCGCUUCGGGAACUUUACGGUGGGCGGGUCAUCGGAGAGCUUGGAGGGCGCCGCCAGCGACCCUUGCUUGGCGCUGCCGCGCCUCGUCACGGCCACGGACGGCUCCUUCCUCUUCCUGCGCCUGCCAGGUCACUCCGCGAUCCAGGAUUCCUGCGGCGCAGAGGCGAGACUCAACGUGUACGCGCCGGGAGGCCUGGCGCCCAUCGCCUCGGUGUGCCCGGCCGCCAGCCACGCCUACACCGCGGUGUUCAGCAGCGGGUGGCGCAGCGCCCCGGGGAGCGGCAGGGGGUCCGGACGCCACCAGCAUCCGGGGCGGCGCCAGCAGGAGACGCGGGACCUGCUGCUGGAGGUGGCCGGCAACGCCUCGGUGCCGCUCAGAGUGUCCUGGGUUAGCGUGUGGCGUCCAUUGCAGACGGCGCCGCUUUCCCCUGCAGGCGCCGACCUGUGCCCGCAUCGCUGCCCGGAGAUCAGCGCCUGCCUGCCGCCGCAGUUGUGGUGUGACGGCGAGGCGCACUGCCCCGCCGGCACGGACGAAGGCGCGGCAGCAUGCGGCCUGCUGGCGGCCAUGCCCUGGGUGUACUUGGCGGCGGGCGGCGUGCUGGCGGCCUCGCUGGCGGCGCUGCUGGCCGCCGUGGUGGUGCAUCGCCGCCGCUCGCAGGCCGUGAAGGCGGUGGCGGCGGCGGUGGUGGAGAACAACAGCCAUGGCGUGAAGAGCGCCACGCACGACCCACUGCUGCCGCCAGAGAAGGACUCGUGGUGACGCCGCGCCCCGCCCCAAGACCUCGUCUGUGUGGACUACGAGACUACCGUGUAGGCCGGGGCGGGGCUGGCUGGCUGCACACCAUCACACACACACACACACACACUGCAACACUCGCGCAUUCACACACACACACACACACACACACACACACACACACACACACACUGCAACACUCACGCAUUCACACACACACACACACACACACACACACACACACACACACACACACACACACAACUAUACACUUACUAAAACACACACACACACACACACACACACACACACAACUAUACACUUACUAAAACACACA